CUGUUACUGUCAGGCAAGUGAGGCAACACUGGUUGAUAUAAAUGGCUGUUGUGAGCUGCAACGACUUACAAGUGCCUGACCAACGGCUCUGAAGAAACCUGGACCUCAGUAAGAUUUUCAAGACAAUGUGGGUCUCUGUGGCAGCUGUUUUAGCCUUUGUGACCUGUCUACCGAAUGACAGCACAGCGGUAGCACUCGAACCGCACGGGCCAGUGCACCCAGGGCCACUUCCCCCAGCACCUCAAACACCAUCGCCCUGGGGUCCGCGCAAGACGGUGCCCUGGCAGGUGAUGGUGAUGCUGUUCGAGGAGCAUGGUUACUAUAUGGGGCAUGGUGGUGGCGCAAUCCUCUCUGACCGUUGGGUGCUGACAUCUGGCAGGAACCUUUUCAUAGAGAAGAGCCACAAAGACACGCGUGGACAGCAGCAUCUUGUGCCAAAAGUCUACCUGAGAACUGCUAUACCUAUUCCAGAGGCCUCCAAAGAGGCAGCUGUUGAGCGGAUAUUCUUGCACCCGGGGUUCCAAAAGACCUCCGACUUUGAAAAUGACCUUGCACUGAUCAAGCUGAAGGAGCCAUUGAAUUUUGACCAGACCUUGAUGCCCAUCCCUCUCCCAGAGCGAGGGGAAGACCAGGAGGAGAGGGCUGGAGAGGAGGCCAUCUUUGGUGCAUGGGACAUGGGGGUGGUGCAUAACAUACCUAGUGCAGUCAAAUACCUCAAGCUGCCCGUGGUGUCUCGUGCAGUGUGCCACGCUGAGUACCAGGCUGGUGGAGGCCCCAUUGUAAAUGCCAAUAUGUUCUGCACCACCUUUCGCAACACGUACCUCGUGGGUGAGGGUAACAGCCUGGUGUUCCAGAACCCGAAGACAAAGAGGGCUUACCUCGCAGGGAUCAAUUCUUUUGACAAUGUGAACAAGCUUAAUAAUUAUGCUGUUCACACCAGGAUCUCAACCUACCUGCCGUGGAUCCGUGACGUCAUGAGGGAAGAUGAGGCGGUUUCGGCCCAAAGAGAAUCACUCGUUGCUGACCUGUAUUCUGGUUAGAUUUAGCGUGUUUGAGGAGUUUUGUUUCACGUUUCUUUGUUGAACUGUUAUUGUUUUAUCGUUUUUGUCUCUCACUUUUCUGAUUUGGUCUUUCUACAGUCUCUGCUUUUGCUGAGUGACAACUCCAUAAUUUACAAUAAAUUACACAACUCAUUUGAAA